GAGAGGAUGCUGAUCGCCCGUUCAAGUGCGGUGGUUGCCCUAAACGCCUCCGCACUUACCCAGCCCUCGUCAACCACGAGCGGAAGCACCGCAACACCUCUGCUGAAGACAUGCUGUUUUCGCCCACCACUAGGACUCUUGGGAGCAGACGAGGUGUACUUGUGGAGGAACAUGCACCCCUUGUACGGGUAGAGUCUCCUUUGCUGCCACCAGUAGAAGAGGUGGAGGUGGUAGAGGAUAGCGACGUUGAGAUUGGGAGCCAACAUGAGGAGGCGUUCAUUUCUAUCCCUCUGCAACAGGGGCACUGGGAUGAGUGGACCUGA